UGGGAGCACAGAGUGAAACGCGCCUCCUCCUGCUCCUGCUCCGGCUCCUCAUGAUGCAGACGGACGCGCUUCCUCCUCUCAGGGACGCUCGUGUCGUUUUAUUUCGUCUCGUCUUGUUUCCGGUUGGACUCUAACGGAGAUCUCUUUUGUCCCAUGGCCGCCUCCGCCUCCUUCGUCCCCAGCAUCAGCACCACCGCCGGAGGGCCGUCGGGCCAGUCGGGACGGCCGGGAUUGAAGCAGCAGCAGCGGGCGGGUAGCGGCUCUCCGCACUGCUGAGGAGGUCCAACUGAGCUCUGAGUGUUCUUCGAUACCCAGCUGAGCGCAGAGCAGCACAACCUUCACCGCCAAACGGCUUCACCAUGACGCAGCAGAGAUUCGCACUGGAUGAAAGCUGAAAGAGCAACGAUGGAGAGCAGGAGGAGACAAGGAGCUGAGUGGGAGGAGGAUUAGGACAACGAGGAUAGAAACUCAGCAGCAAAAACCGAAAGCUGACUUUCUUUUUCCGUCCGAAGUUCAGAGGAUUUUGAAGACUUUCAUCUUCCUGAGAACCGACGAUGUAAGCGAAAACAGCGACUGUCGGUCGAUGAGCUGCGGCGGUGGAUUGUACGACGCACACAAGACAGCCACGAUUGUUUCCUGCUCAGAAAAAGGAUCAAACUGCUCCUCACUCGGUCCCUUUGGCAGGUGUGAAAUCUGAACUCAAAGACGCCACAAACACAGACAGCAAAUACGAUUGUGUUACCAUAAAAGGGCCAAUCAAACCACCCCGCAGGUCUUUAUUGGACUUUGAGUUCCAGAGGUUGGAAUAAAGGAAGCUUGGACACUUCGUCAGAAGGUGGAUAAACCAUUUAGGACAUCGGGAGUUGAUCCAGAUCCAUGAUGUCUCACCUACACGCCGGCCUGAGCUCAGAGACGACGGAGAAAGCUCGGCUCGAGCUGAACGAGAACCCGGACACGCUGCACCAGGACAUCCAGCAGGUUCGAGACAUGAUCGUGACCAGGCCCGACAUCGGUUUCCUGCGAACGGACGACGACUUCAUCCUUCGCUUCCUCCGAGCCAGGAAGUUCGACCAGGUGGAAACCUUCAGACUGCUGGCCCAGUACUUCCAGUUCAGACAGCAGAACCUCGACAUGUUCCAGAGCUUCAAGGUGGAUGAUCCGGGCAUUAAGCGAGCGUUGAUGGACGGGUUCCCGGGCGUGCUGGAGACUCCGGACCAGCAUGGGCGGAAAAUCCUCAUCCUGUUUGCUUCCAACUGGGACCAGAGCAGGAACUCCUUCACGGACAUCCUGCGGGCGAUCCUUCUCUCUCUGGAGGUUCUGAUAGAAAAUCCGGAGCUCCAGAUCAACGGCUUCAUCCUCAUCAUCGACUGGAGCAACUUCUCCUUCAAACAGGCCUCCAAGCUCACGCCCAACAUCCUCAAACUGGCCAUAGAAGGCCUUCAGGACAGUUUCCCUGCUCGGUUUGGAGGAAUCCACUUUGUGAAUCAGCCCUGGUACAUUCACGCCAUGUACACCAUCAUCAAGCCGUUCCUCAAAGACAAGACCAGGAAAAGGAUCUUCCUCCACGGUAACAACCUGAACUCGCUCCACCAGCUCAUCCAUCCCGAGUGUUUGCCGUCCGAGUUUGGUGGGACGCUGCCGCCGUACGAUAUGGGCAUCUGGGCGCGAACGCUGCUGGGACCCGACUACAACGACGAGACCGAGUACACGCUCACCUACGAUGCCCUGCAUGUCAGGGAGAACUGUGGAGGAGGAGGAGGAGACAAAGACAUGAUGAAGAGGUCUCAGUCGGCGGUGGAACCAGGAACCCUGCGACAGACGGACAGAGAGACCAGCACGCCGCUACUGGCCCUGGAUUGAACACACACACACACGCACACACGCACACACACACACACACACACACACACUGAGUGUACAUGCUAGCAUCACAAACAUGCACAACAUCCACUUCAACACACUCUCAGCACCAGCUGUGGAUUAAGCUGAUGGUUUGAACUCGUGUCCUUUCGUCCUGUUGAUCUGAACUUCCUGAACAGCACACACACACACACACAGACACACACACAGACACACACACAGACACACACACACACUCUGACCUGUCUCUGAGCCGUGUAAUGCCUCACAGCUGAGCCUCUCUCCAGCCAGCAGCAUCUGUCCUGAUGUUCACAACAACAAACAGCAGCCACACACUCACUCACACACACACACACAGACCUGACUGAUGAUGGUUCGGUGACUCAAACAGGAUCAAAUGUGCUGAAACUUUAUUUAAAGCUGCGCCCUGAGCGACGUUAGACUCGAGUCCAGAUUAAGAAGCGUUUCAGAGGAUUCAUCUAAACACAGACGACAGUCUCACAACGAUGACCUCGUUUACUCGCCCCAAUCCUCGUCGAACUGCUGUGUGAGUCCGGCUGCAUUGCGUUUGUGUGUUUGGAUGUAACGAGUCAUGACUCCGGGCUUCAUAUCUGACACUUUAGUGUUUCAUAGACUAAAUUAUAAGAGACCAGAAACAGCAUUAAAAUUUCACAUCAGUGUUUACUGUUCCUGAUCUGAGAGACAAAAACACCAAAUAUGGGUGAACAGAGCCGUUUGUGGACACUUUAUAAAUCCACCUAAUGAGUAUUACUUUAUUCAGUACACAAACUAUUUUUAUACUCUACUUAUUACAUUUAUUGUUAAACACAGCUCAUGUCAUAAAUCUGAAAAACUCUGAGAAUGCCACAGUUAGUAUUUUCUAUCACCUGAAUCAGAGAAAAGGCUCCCAGGACGAAUGAAGAGUUUCCCUCUGAAGAGAGUAAAUUCAUUUUGUCGCAUGGACACACACAGCAGCCCAAAUUCAUGAAAACGUUUGGGUAACAAAUUUAAGGGGUGCUCUGCUGCCCCCCAGUGGCCAAAAUACAGUUAAAGCAGCUUUAAGGCCGACAAAUUUAAAUGCCGUUCGUGGACGUCUGGCUGCAGCGUGAGUUAAAUAAUAAUCACGUUAGCUGAGCAGAGCGCCCUCAGCUUCCUGACGGGACAAACUGCAGCGUAAUUACAUGCAAACGUGUCGCUCUGUGUUUGGUGAAACCUUCAGACGUCUGAAUGUGAAACAAACGUUCAGUUUUUCUGCUUUUUAUCUGAACAUGAACGAAAAGUUGGACUCCAGCAGAAGGAGGUGCAGGCGGGAAACAUCGAGGACGGCCUGAAGAAACGUCACUUUGGUAGAUCAGUUUCACCUUUCUGCACCCACGCUGCACAGGAACUUCAAAAUAAAGGCACUGGAUUACGUGCAUGGAGAAUGAUUUUGCUAUGAAGAGACCACAGGAUGCCAAACUCACCUUUAACCUCUCCUGCAGUGAAGGAAAAGAUUGUUGUUUUCUAAUGUAUUUGAAGAUUGUAUAUUAUUAUUAUUGUUACUCUUGUUGUUGUUAGUAUUAUUGCACUGCAAAAAAGUGACUCACUGGGCUAAAAUGUCAUCCUGAGAUCUCUGAAAUCACUUCCUGCAGCUUUCAGAUUAAAGGUGCAGGUGGAUCGUUUCUGUUUGUAAAAGCAGAGGCGACUUUCUCAGAUCUUUGCAGUGUGUAUGAUUCAUCAUCAGGGCUAAA